UUCAGUCCUCAGAAAACUACCGAACGCAGCGCGCCUUAAAAUACCCACGUCUACUAAAGUCGAAAAUCGCUUGAAACACAUGACCGUCGAUCGAUCCAUCCGCCAAAACAUGGGUUAAGACUCUUACACAUUCCGACACAUCAACAAAAAGAAAAAAAGGACAUAAACCGACUCACGCAAAAAAAUCAAAUAAAGGUGAUCGCUGUGCGAAAAUUCGAAACUUCACCAACAAAAAAAAAAGUAGUGUGGUUCCAAAGACUCUAAAAACGCUGUAGCAAAUUAUAAAAGGAAAAAAAAUAAUCAGUGCGUUCAAAAAGUAGCAACUCGUGUCUAGUGCUAGCCCGGACUCGUCGCCAUGGCCACCAAGACUCCGGAGAUGGCCCGGAACGGGCACGAACUGGCGCCGCUCAACACCCGGAACGGCCCGGAGGGCGGCAAGCCCGGAGUCACCAUCGUGCUGCAGGGACCCCGUGGCUCCAUCAUCUCCAGGGGUAGCGCUCCGGUGGAUCAGGACCCGGACCGGGCGGCCUGGUCCGGGAAGAUGCAGUUCUUCUUGUCAAUUAUCGGGUACUCCGUGGGCUUGGGGAAUAUCUGGAGGUUUCCCUACCUGUGUCAGAAAAACGGCGGAGGUGCAUUUCUUAUUCCCUUCAUCAUAAUGUUAAUCCUAGAGGGCAUCCCUCUCUUCCUGAUCGAGCUGGGCAUCGGUCAAAAAAUGAGAUUAGGAUCUCUAGGUGUCUGGAACACGAUCCACCCUUGGCUGGGUGGAAUAGGGAUCGCUUCCUGCCUGGUCACGUUUUUCGUAGCCCUCUACUAUAACGUCAUAAUAACAUGGUGCUUUUAUUACUUAUUCAACAGCUUUCAGUACCCCCUCCCGUGGGAAAACUGUCCCGUCGAAAACGGUACCGUCGUCGAAGAAUGCGACCGAUCGUCCGCCACGGCAUACUUCUGGUACCGAACGACCCUCGACUCCGCCGUAUCCAUUGACGAGCCCGGUGCCCCCAAAUGGUGGAUCGUCCUCUGUCUCCUUCUGUCGUGGAUCAUCGUGUUCUUCAUAAUGAUGAAAGGAAUCCAAAGUUCCGGAAAGGUUGUGUAUUUCACCUCCAUGUUCCCGUACCUGGUCCUCACCAUCUUCUUCAUCCGAGGCAUCACUCUCAAGGGCGCUAGCGCCGGCCUGGCCCACAUGUACACACCCAAAGUCGUGAAACUGCUCGAUCCGAAAGUCUGGCUCGAAGCCGCCACCCAGGUGUUCUACUCGUUCGGGCUAGCUUUCGGGUCUCUGAUAGCCUUCGGAUCGUACAACCCUCCUAAGAAUAACUGCGUAAGGGAUGUGAUUUUGGUGUCUAUUUGUAAUGCCAUCACCGCGAUUUAUGCCAGCGUGGUGAUCUUCGCUAUUCUGGGUUUCAAGGCUGUGAGCAACGUCGACAAAUGUAUACUGGACAACAAGCAAUUCUUGAUCAAUAACGGACACUUCGCCAACAUGAAACCGUCGGAGAUUUCUGAGGUGUCGUACACCGAGGCACUCAAGGCCAUAAACAGCUCCCAAAUUCGGGAAUGUUCUCUGGCUGCAGAACUAGACGGAGCCGCCCAAGGGACCGGUUUAGCCUUUAUCGUCUUCACCCAAGCCAUCGUCGAGCUUCCAGGUGCUCCCUUCUGGGCUGUGAUAUUCUUCAUGAUGCUUCUAUCGCUCGGAAUCGGCUCCCAAAUCGGUAUCCUCGAAGGCAUGCUGUGCACGAUCUUCGAUAUAGAACUCCUCAAAAGAAUCAGGAAACAAUAUAUCACCGCUUUCGUUUGCGUCGUCUGCUUCUUCAUCGGUCUAAUCUUCACGACGGGAGCUGGUGAAUACUGGCUCAACAUGUUCGAUUCGUUUGCUGCUACCAUAGGGUUGGUCGUGGUGGCCCUGCUAGAAAUGAUCUCCGUUAUCUACAUCUAUGGACACGAAAAAUUCACCAAGGAUAUAUACGAGAUGACCGGUGUUAAACCCGGGAUCUACUGGCAAGUGACUUGGAGGUUUCUGGCGCCCAUCAUCAUGGCCGUCAUCCUGGUAGCGUCGAUAGUGGCCAUGGUGGAGAAGCAUCCGACGUACGACGCCUGGAGCCCGAAAAAGGGUAACGUCGUGAGCACCGAGUAUCCUGGCUGGGUCCUAGCCAUUGCCGUCACCAUGAUCGCCGCAGGGGUGCUUCCGAUCCCCAUCGUUUUCCUCCUGCGUCGCUACCAGUGCUUGAAGAUGGACAUCAACAUCCACGAGGGCUCCAUCAGGAGAAUAGACACCACCGUGUCCACCAAAGAAAUGAUAACAGACGUGGACCUGGACGACGAUGAGGAUGUGAGUCCGUUGGGACAGUACCAUGACGACGAUUCGGACGACGAUGGGCCUCAAGUCAAUAGCCGUCUAGGAAAAAGCUUUCGUAUGGAAGUUAUAGAUGAUUAUUGAAAAGAGAUGUCUUUAUCCUUAGAUGAUUGUAGACGAAAUGUGAUAUUUUCAAUAUAGUCGAAACCUAGUGAUGUUUACUAAAGUAGAGUAGUUGAAGAGAUGUUGAAAGCCCGACGUUGGUGCUAAGUACCAAGCGAGCGGUUUUAUUUUGCCCUCGAAACGUCGAAAAACGAUCUGAUUUCUGGGAAAAGAAUAAACGGGUUUUUAGUCGCUGAAAUUUUUGCUGAUAGUUUUCUAACGCGUUAUUGGCUGCUACUAAACAAAAUAUUGGGAUUUCUUGCAAUUAAAUAUAACCAGAAAAUCCACAGGGGGUUCUUCUCGAUAAGACCAGUAGGCAACAUUGUAACAAGAAAAGGGUGAAAUAAGACUGACUUUUGCGUACCUACUAAUUCUAAUAAAAUUAAAAUUAAAAUAUUUGUUCCUACUUAACCAAAAAGCACUCCCCUUCAGCUCGAUUUCGUCCUUAUCUUCCCACGUUUCGAAUUUCAUAGCUUUGUCACCAGAAAAUCAAAACAACUUCGCGAGACAUCUCUGAACAAUAAUUACUUGUUAUUAGCUUUAGGUUAGUUGUUGUAAACAAUUAUUGGUGUACUUUACAAUGUAAAUAGUGUAAAUACGAGUAAUUAUUUAAUUUUAGAUCAGCAAAUGUAUUUCUGUAAAUGAGUUAAACAUUUGUUCAUACCGGUUUAUAGUAUAGUGCCAAAAUGUUGUAAAUCGGACAAUAUUUAUUCGUGAAAGCAAAUGUGAUGCGUAGGUUGAGCGUUCAAGAGAAAUUUACAACAUUGGCGAAUACUAUAGUAAAUCAAGCAAAGCUUGUUGAUAUUAGGUAGCUGCCUAAAGCGGCGUGUUCUCAGACAGUUCCCAUUCUCUCUCUCUCUUUCUAAAAGUGAGAGAGAUGAGGCUUGUACGAGCAUACGCCACUGGAAUAAGCUUGACGCGCCUCAGAGGCGUACGAUAGGCCAAUUAAAGAUUGUCUUUCUAUUAAAAAUCCGUCAUAGGUACUAUGCUAGAAAUGUUAAACUGAAAACACAAACGUAUUUUUAGUUCAAGAUUUUUGCUAGGUGCGGCGUUGGCGAAUCUUCAGUAGAAAGCGCUCUAAACGUGUUGAACGAAGAAACAAUAAUUAAUGUUUAAAAAUACUCAGUAGAAUCAUCUUUUUUAUUUUGUAUCAUUUCUCAUCGAUUUUUUUCGAAUAAAAGCAGCCUUUUUUAGCACAUUUUUCAUUUGUCCAUGCACGUAGACCCCAUUUCGAAACUGUGUGUGCCUCGAUUCAACAAUAUACUAGCUUAAAGUUCAAACCCAGUGUUGCCAACCCUGAUUCUUCCAGAGCGGAUCACCACUGCGUUUGACUGUUUUGUAUCUGAUUUGAAUGUUGAAUUUUGAGAUUUUACGGUUUUUUUAAAUGUUGCACACUUGAACAUGUUGCACACAAUCGAAAAUUGUUAUUGCUGUGACAAGUGUGGUCACUGUCCCCACGUGUAUGUUUGGUUGCCUACUCCACACAUGUCGCAGGGUAUUUUUUUGAAAAAGUACAAUUCAGAUUUGCUCAGAAAAUAAGUUUAGGGUUAUUUUCUGACUGUGAGGUAGCCGUAUAGGGUACAUUUUCACGAUUCUUAGAACUGGCGUAGGGGAUUUUCCGAUUAGAAGCGGGGGUAACCCGGCUGCUUCAGUAAUACAGAGUUUAGUUGAUUUUAGUGAGAGAGCAUGUCUAGGGUUAAUAACGCAAGACUGUUGUAAGAAUUGUUUAUUAUUAAAGAUUCUUAUGUAAGACGAAGGAAAUUGUGUAUUUAGAAAUAAAAAAAGCAUCAAAAGUAAA